AUGAUGAUGAGAACCAAACGCGAGACACAAAUGUCAAUAAAGUUCAAAGACGCCGUAGGACACAAAUUUACGUUCCCUUUCCAUAUCAUCUGCAAAUGGGCGGGUAUGGAGGACAUCAAUAACCAAGCCUUCCUUCAUGUAGAUGUCCUCGGGCCGCCCGUCCAGGAGGGACAUUACGAUCUAAUCGGCCCAAACGUCGAGAUAUUUCUCCCACAGGUGUGGGAAAGUGUCAUCGAGCCGGAUAUGUCCAUUACUAUGGCUAUGUGGCCGAUGCCGGAGCCGCCUAAAAAUUCUAGCAAUGACGAUGAUGAUGAUGAUGAUGAUCAAUCCAGCCGUUCUGCAUCUCCGACAUUAGUUGAUCCCGAUGGGCUAUCUCCCUCGGAAUCCAAGAAAGGUCGACACUGGAGAAUCUUCAAGAGAUGGCCAAACUCCGCGUCCAAGGAAAAGUAG